AUGUCAAUAGCAAGUGUUGAAGAAGACUUGAAGAACACUCAUCGAUUGCUAGUGGGAAGGGUGACAGAUUUCCAGGUAUCAAAUCAGAGAAUCAUGUGCAGUGCGUCUCCUUCUGGGGCAGCCGUGCCGCUCUGCUACGAGCACCUGAACGGAUCCUGUGUGAAAACCCCCUACUCGCCAGGUCCCCGCCUCAUCCUCUACACGGUGUUCAUCUUUGGAUCUGCGCUGACUGUAUUUGGAAAUCUCCUGGUGAUGAUUGCAAUUCUCCACUUCAAGCAGCUGCAUUCUCCAACCAAUUUCUUGAUCGCCUCCCUGGCCUGUGCAGACUUCAUGGUGGGAGUGACUGUGAUGCCCUUCAGCACAGUGAGGUCCGUGGAGAGCUGCUGGUACUUUGGGCAGCGUUACUGUCAACUCCACUCUUGUUUCAAUGGGUCAUUCUGUUACGCUUCCAUCUACCACUUGUGCUUUAUCUCUCUGGACAGGUACAUUGCCGUCUCCGACCCCCUGGUCUAUCCAGCCAGGGUCACUGUGUCUGUUUCUGGCUUGUGUAUUGCCUUCUCCUGGCUCUUUCCCAUUAUUUACACUUUUUCCCUUCUUGGCACAGGAGCAAAUGCAGCUGGCCUGGAGGAUCUAGUAAGUGCUCUCACCUGUGUGGGAGGCUGUCAAAUUGCAGUGAAUCAAAGUUGGGUAUUGGUGAAUUUUCUAUUAUUUUUCAUUCCCACCCUUGUGAUGGUAGUUCUGUACUCCAAGAUUUUCCUCAUUGCUAAACACCAGGCUGGACAAAUUGAGAGUCUGAGCAAUAAGACUGGGCGAUGCUCAGACAGCUACCAAGACAGAGUGGCCAAGAGGGAGAGAAAGGCUGCAAGAACGCUGGGCGUCGCAGUGCUAGCGUUUCUGAUCUCCUGGCUGCCUUACUUCCUGGAUUCCAUCAUUGAUGCCUUCUUAGGUUUCAUCACUCCCACGUAUGUUUAUGAAAUACUGGUUUGGAUUGCUUAUUAUAACUCAGCUAUGAACCCCUUGAUUUAUGCUCUCUUUUAUCCCUGGUUUCGAAAAGCCAUCAAACUCAUCGUCACAGGCAAAGUCUUAAGAGAGAAUUCCUCAACAAUAAAUUUGUUUUCUGAGUAG